AUGACGCCAGUUUUUCAAAGCAUUAUUGACUCAGGUUAUUCGCUUGCAAGCUUCUUCACUGUACGUUCGGAACGUUUUGCGUGGAAUUACACCAGAACAACAUUUUUACCUCAACUUGGAGGUUACGUGAAAUCGUGGAGUUACAAGCAAACCUCUUUGGAUCUUCUUACAGUGAAGGGAGCUGGCCAUUUUGUUCCAACUGAUAGGCCUGGACCCGCACUUCAAAUGAUCUAUAACUUUAUCUACACUGGAAACUACAAUAGCUCAAUUCCAUACUCUUUGAAUCCACAAGCAGUGCUUCCACAGUUCACAUCUCCACCACAGCCAUCAUUCACAAGAAAGCAGGCUGAUCGAGUGUGGACGCUGCCCGGAGUGACAUAUGAGUUGAAUUUCAAGCAGUACUCUGGAUAUCUCAAUGGUGUACCAGGCAAUUACCUGCAUUACUGGUAGGU